UGGGCAGGGGCUGUGGGGAGAAGGGAUGCAGGUGCAGUCUCCAUUUGGCAUCGGGACAUGUGGGCAGUCCGAGCCUCGAACGCCAUGCUCGGGAGUCUGACUUUUCCUGCAGACAGUGCUGGGGAGCCAUGGGAGGGUUGUGAGCAGGGGAGGGACAGGACCAGCUCUGGCUGUAGACAUAACUCCAUGUUCCAGAGUCUGGUCACCAGUUUGGGGGGUGGGGGUGGCAGUGACAGGGUAGAAUUCGUGGUGGCAGCAGCAGCAGCAGCAAUACGCCCGACCUCGACAGCCCCCGGGCAGCCCUGACGUUCUCUCUGCCGGCCCUCCUGCUCCUUCCCCCCGCGCCGCACCCUUCCCGUGCUCUGUCUUUGGAACCGACUUCCAGGUUUCCAGAAAUACUAGAGGCUGGAGAAACAAGUACAGCUGAGCUCCGUGUGGAUUCUGCGUUUGUGAAUUCGCUUACCCGCUAAACUGUAUGUGCACACUGCACACUGGCACGCGGUCACCUGCGGGCACGGGUACCGCUGGGAGCAGUGUGCUGGGGCCCGGCUGAGGUGGCGCAGGGAAGGCCACGCUCUGCCUCCUGGCUCCGCUGUCGCGCAGAGAUGCCCAGAUGGAGGCUGCGGGGGCCGCUGCGGGACGAGCAGCUCUGGCUCUGGGGCAGCUGGAGCGGUUCGAGUCCUAACUCCGGCACUUCAGACUUCUGAGCCUUUUGUCUUUGCUCCAAUAUAAAGAAAAUAGAACCUAUCACAAGGAGUCAUUUUGGGGGAUUUAAGAUUAUAAUCUAGGUUCAAUAUGUGUGCAUGUAUCUAUCUACCUGCCUAUAGCUACAUCUACUGCAAAAAGGGAUAAUAGAAGGUCUUGUUAUUCAGGAUCUUUGCAGAUGUAACCAAGUUAGGACGAGGUCAUAGCUGGAGUCCUUAAAAGAAGAGAAGAGUCGCAGAGGCAGAAGCACAGGGAGGAGGUGGCCGUGUGACGGUGGAGACAGAGGCUGCAGGGAUGCACCCCCGAGCCAGGAUUGCUGGCGACACCAGAAGCUGGGAGAGGGGCCUGGAGCAGAUCCUCCCCCAGAGUCUCCAGAAGGAACCAGCAACCCUGCUUGACACCUUGAACUUGGACCUCCAGCCUCCAGAACUGCAAGAGAAUGAAUGCCUGUCGUUUUAAGCCACCCCCCUAGUGAAUGGGGCCGACCUGUUACAAUAAAAUAUGGUGGAAAUGGCGGAGCGUGACUUCUGAGGCUAAGGCAUAAAAGACAUUGCGUGUCCUGGGUCACGCGCUCUGGGGGAAGCCAGCUGCCAUGUUGUGAGGGUGCUCAAGCAGCUUCACGGAGAGGUCUGUGCGUGAGCAGCUGCAACCUGUGAAAUGGCCUGAGCCAGGACCGCCCAGCUAAGCCACUCCUGAAUUCACAACCCACAAAACCUGUGAGAAAUAAUAAAUGCUCACUGCUUUAAGUCACUACGUUUUAGUGUCAUUUGCUAUAUGGCAAUCAAUAACAUGACUGUCACUAGUUACUCUUCACAAAGCCCUGUUCUAAGUGCUGCAUGUAUUUGAGCUUGUCUAAUACUGAAAGUGACUCUGUGGUACAGAUUGUGCUUGCCUCCCAUUUUGUGAAGGCACAGAGAGGUGCAGUAACUUGCCCAAAGUCACACAGCUUAUAAGGGGUGAAGUUGGGAUUUGAACCCAGGCUGUCCUAUUCCAGAGUCUGAGUGUUCAACCAUUGCCUUUGGCCGGCUGUGGGUGGUACUAGAAGAAGGUGAAAUCUCCAAGAAGCCCAAGAGGGUCUCAGAAAAACCCCAACAUUUAAGGAGCAAGGAAAGGAAAAACAGAUUCAGAGUGGGAGAGGGAGAAGGGAGGAGAACAGAGAAUGUGAAUCUAGAAUGUGGGGGCAGGGCUCUUUCUCCCUGGGUCUGCGCUCAGGUUAAAAGUACCUAGGUUCAAAUUCCAGCUUUGCCAUUCACUAGGUGUUUUCCCAAGCAAGUUAUUUAACCCCUGAUGCCUCAGUUUCCCCAUCUGCACAAUGGGGAUGGUGGUAAUUGUAUCAACACCUCCUGGGGCUGUGAUGAAGAUUAAAUGGGUUAAUCUAAGGCUGGCAAAGGCCUGGAGGGAGCUGCACUGGGAGGCCGUGGCCCCAGGGGAGGCGUGCUGGGACCUGCGCUAAUGGGGGUGCCCAGGCGGAGGGUAACUCGCAGGCGGGGCUGCGGCCCAGACAGAGGGCUGAGCUCAGCGUCUGGGCUGGUGGAAAUGGCCGGGCCAGGGUUUCGGGGCCACCCCGCCGGACCUCUUCUCCUGUUGCUGUUGGUGCUGCUGCCACAGGCCCUGCUGGAAGGACCCCUGGUGUUUGUGGCUCUGGUGUUCCGCCAUGGUGACCGGGCCCCACUGGCCUCCUACCCCACGGACCCGCACAAGGAGGUGGUCUCCACCCUGUGGCCACGUGGCCUGGGCCAGCUGACCGGGGAGGGUGUCCGCCAGCAGCUGGAGCUGGGCCGCUUCCUGAGGAGCCGCUACGAGGACUUUCUGAGUCCCAAGUACCGGCGGGAGGAGGUGUACAUUCGCAGCACAGACUUUGACCGGACGCUGGAGAGCGCUCAGGCCAACCUGGCCGGGCUGUUCCCUGAGGCCGCCCCAGGGGGCUCGGAGGCCCACUGGAGGCCCAUCCCUGUGCACACGGUGCCCGUCACCGAGGACAAGCUGCUGAGGUUCCCCAUGCGCAGCUGUCCCCGGUACCACGAACUGCUUCGGGAGACCACCGAGGCCGCCGAGUACCAGGAGGCCCUGGAGGGCUGGACGGACUUCCUGACGCGCCUGGAGAACUUCACCGGGCUGUCGCUGGUUGGAGAGCCGCUCCGGAGGGCAUGGAAAGUUCUAGACACACUGAUCUGCCAGCAAGCCCACGGCCUUCCCCUCCCAUCGUGGGCCUCCCCAGAUGUCCUGAGGACACUCGCCCAGAUCUCCACUUUGGAUAUCGGGGCCCACGUGGGCCCCCCUCGGGCGGCAGAGAAAGCCCAGCUGACAGGGGGGAUCCUGCUGGAUGCUAUCCUCUCCAACUUCUCCCGGGUCCAGCGCCUCGGGCUGCCCCUCAAGAUGGUCAUGUACUCAGCUCAUGACAGCACCCUGCUGGCCCUCCAGGGGGCCCUGGGCCUCUACGAUGGCCACGCCCCGCCGUAUGCUGCCUGUCUUGGCUUUGAGUUCCGGAGGCGCCUCGGGGAUGUGGACGAAGAUGGAGGGAAUGUCACCAUCUCCCUCUUCUACCGCAACGACUCGGCCCGCCUGCCCCUGUCUCUCAGCCUCCCGGGGUGCCCAGAGCCCUGCCCACUCAGCCGCUUCCACCAGCUGACCACCCCAGUCCGGCCUCCAGCUCACGGGGUCCCCUGCCAUGGCUCCUACGAGACUGCCGCCCCCCGAGCCCCCGUGGUGCCCCUGCUGGCCGGAGCCGUGGCCGUGCUGGCGGCCCUGUGCCUGGGGCUGGGCCUGCUGGCCUGGAGACCGAGCUGCCUGCGGGCCUGGGGGGGUCCCGUGUGAGCCGGAAACCGGGGAACCCCCUCCCCCUAGCUGACACUGGAUCCCAACAUGUGUGCACACUCGCUGCUCUGGCUUCUGUGACUCACUGUGCGUGUAGCGGACAAAGGCUGGGUGGGUUCCCUGGCCUGGAAGCCACAGUUGUGUGCGUGUGCACGUCUGUGUUGAGGUGGCACGUGUGGGUGCGUGUACACCUGCACGGUGGGUGUAUGGACAUGCGUGUUGACUCUGUGCUUGGGCGGUACGUCUGUAUAUACAUGCUGGCGUGUCUGUGUGUGGCACACGUUCCUGCGCAAAUACGUGACAAAACCUAGUUGUGGUGAGCCUCACUGUGGGCCACGUGCUCACAGGAGUCAGACCCUCGCCAGCUUUCAGCGUCAGGGUGCCCUCGGGGCCGGGGCUGGGGCCAGGCGGACUGGCAGAGGGAGGCUCGCAGAAGACGCAGCAGCCCGGCCCCAGCGCCAGCCAGCUGGCACUGCUCCACGACCCCCGAAAUGAGCCUCCCAGGGACAAGCAGAGAGCAGGGGCGCUGAGGACAUUUUCUUGGGCUGCCCGUCGUGUCACCUGCUGAAACUGAUUUGGAGCAGGUGGGGACCACGUGUGGCUAUUUAAACUUAAGACGCUGACGGUGAGGAGUUACUGGUGCCUAGUGCUAGGACAGCAGGCGCUGCGGAGCUCUGUGGGGGACGGGGCCGCUUUACCCCGGGGUGGGGCAGCUGCCUCCUCUGCUGUGGCGGGGACAGAAGCACCAGAGGCUCGUCCGCACCAUUGCCUGACCAGACCGUCGAGGGCAGCCUGGCGUGCUGAGUGCUCAGCUGCAGCCACCUGGCACUCAUUAGAUGGGGUAGCCAGAGGGAGGCUCAAAGGGCUUUGGUGACGGGGACACAGAGCCACUCCCAGCCACCAGCCUGACAAAUAUCCCAGCAUUCCAGGAGAAAGCAAGGAGCUGGGUCUGGGGCCAGCAGCCUUAGAGUGGUCCCCUUCUCACAUGGAGCAGCUGGGACAAUCCCUCCUCCAUAAUGGGGCCACCAGCAUAGUUCCCUUCCCAGGCAUAGUGGAAAACUGCCCCGGGGCCUGAAGGCAGCCUCUGGACCACCCCUGGGGACCACCCCCCCCAUGACCUGCCCACUACCCUGCCAUCCCUAGAGAUGCCAGCCGCCGUGGCCGGGCAAGGCUGAAAUCCCUCUCUACUGUCUGGCCCCAGCUUCUUGCCUGUAGGUUCAUGAAGACCCAAAGUGCUAGGUGAGGCUGUCACUGUGACCAGCUCUCACGUGGGCUGCCUAGGGUGCACCCAUCCUCAGCGGUCUGCUCAGACGGCCCACGCAGAGCUGGGCUCCUGCCCUGUCCUUGGGGACCCCAGAACCCAGUUCAAUCACCCAGUCCACACAGAGUGAUAUUCUCUGCCAUUUAAUGGUGCCUGAGUGCCCAGCACCCGAGCUGUUUAGCCAGAACUGCCAGGGCUGUCCUCACCAAGCUGUCAUCUGUCAUCGUUGCCCCAACACACCCUAAACCUAGCCCCCCUGGAACCCGGACGGGCCUGAGGCCACACAAGUAGCUAGAGAGACCAGAUCUAUCUGAAAGGACUGGACGCCCAUAAAAUAGGAGACAGCAAAAUCAAAGGGGAAGGCACAGCAAAGAAACCAACAAAAUCUUGAGAAAAACCUUCACAAAGGGAGAAAUAAAACCAAAGUGUCACGUAUGCUCAAAGUAUUGAGUAAAAAUACAUUAAAAAAAAAUCAGAGUAAAAAUUUCAAGAUCCUUUCACAUCACGGGCCAUGGGGUCUCCCUCCUGGCCUGUAGUGCUUUGGGGGCCCACGUGGCAGAGGGGCAGACACACCAUCGUGCCCACCCUGUAACAGGAUGCUCACUGUGUCCCAGGGGCUUGCUCCCUCCAGGGAAGCCACUGCACCCAGGGACUUGUGCAAGUGGCCACCAGAGCUUUCUCCCCCAUCAACUCUAGCCAGUGACACCCAUAGGGGGAGUUGGGGACAAGGACACCCUUCUUCUGGGGCCAUAGAACAUGGUGUAACAGCAUGGCUGGCCCACAGGAAGCUGGAGAGAGACACUGGCAAAGCACUGACCAAGGCUUUUUUUCCUCCUAACGAUGUCCCAGUCUCCCUGACUCCCCCAACUCAAAGUGAAGGCAGCUCUCCUGGACCUUUCCCUCCCACCCCAGCGGCUAGCCAUGGAGCUGGAGGCUCCUCCCCUCGAGCCUGGUCACAAUGACAGAGCAGUGGGGUCUGUGCCUCUUCCCUGAUAUACAGCUCUAGGACCUCGGUGGCUGUUUACACACAUUCUCCCUGGUCAUGUCAGGGCAGAGGAGCCAGCCAGUGAGGUGAAUGGGCGUUGGGUUGGGCCCCAGCAUGAGCCCAGUGUGGCCACCACCUGGCUCUCCAUGACCGCCACCAGCACUGCCACACCCUUGGCCGAGCAGUGACCGCAGUAGCUCUGAGGGCGCUGCUGUCAGCAGGUGCCACUGCUGUCCCUGGGUGAAGGGCAAGCCCUUAGGCAGCUUGGGCAAGAAGGGAGAUGAGGGGGCCAAGAGUGGCAUAGCAAUCGGCCUUCCUUUUAUGGUAGCCCAGGGCCAAAGGGCAGCUUGGUGGCCUCGAAGAUCAGGAAGGACUCAGUGUUGGCACCAGGCCACCAGCAGGCAGGUGAGCAGUGACGCACAGCUGUCCCCCUACAUGGGCUCGCAGUGGUAGAUGAAGACAGCACUCAGGGUCAGGCUAGCAGCACUGGCUCCUUGGAGUUCAGGGAAGGGCCUGGCCACCUGGUCAUAGGCCUACAGGAUCCAGGUGACCAUGAGCUGGCUGGGGUCCUGCCAGGAGCUCAGUGUACAUGUAGUACAAGCAGAACUGGCACCCCUGCUCCCCACCGGCCUGCCUAGGCGGGCGCCAACGCUCUUAGCCAAGGCCUUGGUGGCUCCCAGGCAGGAAACUGCAGAGCCCAGAGAGACGCUGCUGGGAAGGACACAGAAGAGGCACAGGGCACGGGGAAAUGGCCGCACCCUCACACAGCACCGUGUGGGAGUCGGGCCCCUCAGACGCUUGGGUGACAAAGGUCUAGGGGGUAAGUGUCCUCAUGGGCAGUCAGAGCUCAGUCCUAGACAUCACAGGUGUCCCAAAGUACAGCCUCUUCAGGAACCCUGACAUAGGACAUCUCACUGCAACCCAACCCCCCAACACCUACUUUGUCUUAUGACACCCUGGCCCUGGUGCAUAUGAAGGUUAACACAUUAACUGCCAUGUGACUUGUCUAUAACUCACACUGGUCUUGAGCCCAUGGUCUUGUGAAACACAUGACUCACAUGUGUACCUUCGGAGCCAUGUGGCACCCAGGCAACAUGUGAUGGGUGGCACCUGGGCAAACACUCUGCAGUUGGCUUGUGAAAAAUCUUAUUUGUUUAUGUUCUUAUUGUUGCAAUUAGCAUUGACAAUUCUAAUAACGUAGAUUAAAUGAAGUCAAUAAACUUCAAUUUUCUAUUUAU